AUGAUCGCAACUUCACCUCCCAUACUUCCGUUCUCCACUAACUCCAACUCCAAAAUCUCCUACCCUCCACCCAUUGCACUCCUCCAGUUCCAGCUCUCACAACCCUCGACCACCUACACUCCACCCCCCCUUCCAAACAACCCAACCCCUCCCCCCCUCUGCGUUCUACAGCCCCAACCUCCACCCACCUCUGUUAGUCAACCAUCCCCACCCCUUAUUUUCAACAUUCCAACUCCAUUCCAUCCUCGCGCACACCACCAACAUUCACCCCUUCCCUUCCCCCGCACGGUUUACCACCCUCCUCCAACUCCCCACCCCCUCCGCACUCUACCAGCUCCUAAUUCUCCAAUCGCCCUUCAGUACUUUAGCAACGCUACAUCGCCACGCUCACCCCAUCUGAGCUCUCCACCAACUCCAACGCUCCAACAUGCUCUUGCACUCCACCCCUUCCUCCAACAACCCCCUCCCUUUCGGACGAGGAUUCAAAAGGAUCUGGAGCCAGCGGCUCGCUCUCAGAACGACUUUGGGGCUCAGAAGAACACCAGACCUAAGACAGGUCAGAUCUCCUCCUGCACCCGCCAGAUGCCGCUUUCUCAUCCUUUGUCUGCUUCCCCCUGCUCUUUCUGGGAAAGUCCCAAGUAUAUUCUUAAAAAGUCCAAUGUGCAUGGAAACAUCAAGGAGAAGACUACGAGCCUCAGGAAUCCAGAGUUAAUAGUCCAACCCAUGAGAUCUGACCAAAACAAGAUCGGAAGUGUAGUACCUGGUUCCGCCCAUGUACAAACUCACUCGACCUCCAUGCUCUUGGUCACGGAUACAAGAGCAGCUGAGCUCACACAUCGUGCCGUCUCCAAAAAGUGA